GCUUAGGCUACAGUUUGUCCCUCCAUCAAUGAUGUAAUGCGGAGCCGGCUGGCGAGGCACUGACGCGCUGUCGAAUAUUCGCACAUCAUCUCUAUCCAGCUCUACUCCCUGAACUGGAGCGCAUAAUUUUCUCCCCUUCUUCCCAACAGUUAUCCAAGGAUACCUAGCCACGAACACUUUUGACCUUCAAACUAGUCCACUAAACAGCAGCCUAUUGCCUCAUUCAGUAACCGCAUUCACCCGAAUAUCCUACUGCUCUCCUGACCGCCUGUGCACCGUUCCGGGGGAGCGCACAUAUUGCAGGCAGUGGAAAACAGAUGCAGCAUAUGUUCUCAUGCGCCUGAAGGUAGAAGCUGGCGAUGCGGUUUCCCUCGGCUUGAUUUGGAGCCUUUUGCUGCGGGGUGUUUGACAUUGCACCCAUACAUUUGAGGGUGAUCCGCUAGUGACUACGACGAUGGCGGAGAAGGCAGUCAAUACAGCGUCCAGCGCCUUGACAGCCGAAGGAUUGACUCCACCGUCAGUUGCGGAGAAGAGACCCCAAAGCAACAGCCAUGGCUCCCCAGCCCGUGUUGUACUUCAUCCAGGGAGCCCAGCUGUGAAAAACAACGAGGUGCUGAGCCCAGCAUUGGUCAUAGAGAAGAAGCCCCAGCUUAAUGGGCUCCCCUCCCCUUUACGUCUGCCAGGCAACAACACUAACAAUCAUGCAGGUAAACAGUAUGUGGAAGGGUAUCUGAGGACAGAUGACAGGAUGCGUUUAGCCAAAGAGAGACGUGAGGAAAGAGAUAAAGGUUUAGCGGUACGAGAGCAGGCGAUCAUGGAGAAGGAGCGGCGGGCUCAGCUGCAGUAUGAGCGUACCGUGGAGGAGCGCUGGAGGAAGCUGGAGGAACAGAGACAGAAGGAGGAGCUCCGCAGAGCUGCUGUGGAGGAGAAGAGGAGACAGAGGCUGGAGGAGGAAAAGGAGCGACUGGACGCUCUGAUGAAACGCUCCCUGGAACGCAGCCUGCAGCUGGAGCAGAGGCCCAAACGCUGGACAUGGGGCGGAGCUGGAGGAGCACAGGGUGACUGUGAGAAUGCCCCUCUCCCCGCCUCCACCUUUCCCCAUGAACUCGCCGCCCCCUUUCCUGCUGCCAGCGAAUCCGCUCCCUGCAGCCCCCACAGGUCAUCCUAUCGGGGCUCGCCAAGCCGGGCUAAUCGACGGAGGCUCCAGGGCUCUCCAGAGGAGUCAGCAGGGGGGUCUAUCUCCACCCCUCAAACCCCCAAGAAGGAGAGGUUGCGCAGAGAGAGAAGGACUGACUCCCCGGCGACAGGCUCCCCUGUGAGAAGAGCAGAAUCCCCAGCCAUGUUCACCAGACGCUCAGCCUCCCCCGCCACCCCCAAGUUGUUGCCUAAGAGCUGUACCCAGUCUCCCUGCACUGUGCGCCAGUACCACUCUUCUCCCAUCAGGCACAGACCCACCACCCCGGUUACUGACGGCAACAAGAAGGAGGACGGACAAGUUGAAGAAGCCAAAGGGCACAACAACAUCAGUGACAGAAAUGUCUCCAAGUCAGAGACCCCUGUGAAAAAGAUGUCUGAUAUUCAGAGCCCUGAGAAGUCUUCUCAAGCCGACACCGCUGAAAAAAAACUGUCUAACACUGAGACCCCAGAAAAGAGAUUCCCAAAAACUGAUGCCCCCAGUAAGAACUUAAAAGGUGAGAUUUCUGAAAAGAAGGACAACCCUGAUAAGAAGAGUCCUAUGGCUGAGACUGCUGAUAGGAAAGCCUCCAAAAUAGACACUCCAGACAAGAAGAUGCCAAAGUCCGCCUGCAGCGACCUGAAUACAGAUAACAGCACAGAGCCAUCGUCAGUGACGCCAACAGGAAAAGGAAUUGCUGGAACGACAAGCGCAGAGGAAGCAUCUAGACUGCUAGCGGAGCGUAGGCGUCUGGCCAGGGUGCAGAAGGAGCUGGAGGAGAAACAACGUCGUGAGCAGGAGGAGGAUGAGCGUCUGAAGGCGGAGCAGCUGAGGAGGAGACAGGCAGAGGAGCGAGCACGGCAGGAGGAGGAGGCUCGACGGGCUGAGGAGGAGAGGAGCAGACAGGAGGACCUCCGUAGGACGUGGGAGGAAGAGGAGAAACUGCAGCGGGAGGGCCAGGAUAAGGAGCUACAGGUCAAGAUGGACAGAGAGAAGGAGGAGGCCGAGUUACAGGCACAGAAGGAUGCGGAGCGUCAGCGUCAGGAGAGAGAGAUACUCAAGCUACAACAAGAAGAGGAGAGACAUCUGCGGAAGAAGAGAAUUGAGGAGAUAAUGAAGAGAACCAGGAAGAGUGAUGAGAACCAGGCUGAGAUGAAGCAGAAUGAGGAAGGGCAGGUGGAUACUCUGCCUCAGCCUGUCUCACCACCAGGGGAAAUGCAAAUGAACUCAAAGAUGAAGAUUGAAACUAAUGCUCAGGUGAAUGUGCAAGAAAACCCAAAGGUUGAGUCUCAGGUUAAUGGACAGGUCACUGUUCAUGUCAACAAGCAGGACAGUGCCCUGGUGAAGGGACAAGCCACCUACCAGGUAACCCCACUGAAGUCUGAUCUGCAAAAGGGACAGGACGCUAAACAAAUAAAUAAACAACAGACCGCCCAAGUGAAUGGACAGGGUGGAGCCCAGGUUCUCAAGCAAGAGAGUGUCUUUGUAAAGGGACGGGUCGCUUCCAAAGUGAACCAGCAAGAGAAUGUACAGGUGAAGAAACCGGAGGAAACCCAGGUGAGCAGCCAUGCCACUGCUCAGCUCAAAAUCCAGGAGUGUACCCAAGUAAAUGUGAAGUUGACUACACAGACAAUCGCACAAGAGGUGCAGCCCAAGAAACCGUCCAUGGCGUCCCUACCGGUGGGCCGACCCCCACCUCCACUCAUCAACCUGGAGCCUCUGGUUGUGAAAAGCAGCGGGGUGUAUGACGAGGUGCAGUCCAUGGAGGUCAGCCCAGUUUCCAAGGAGGAGCUCGUCUCCAUCCCAGAGUACUCCCCAGUCAAUGAGGUCCAGCACAACUGCAUGAGUAAUGCCCGAGCCCUGGAAGAUCUGCUGGACCUGACGGGCCAUGUGGCCUACCCCAAACUCUCCCCCAUGGGAAGCCUAGGAGACUGCAACAAGAACCUGAUCGAGGGGCUCUGCAGCCCCGGUGCCGAUUCCAAGCUCAUCCAAUCUCAUCCUCCACCCUCACACAAGUUCAACAUCCAGUAGUCCGGUACAUAAAAAUAGCCCUGGACUGGCAAGCCAUGAUGGAGAGAGCAGGGGGAAAGCAUCUAUGUUGUCUGGUGUUAUUGAGGAUGGAAAUCUGGCACCUCUUGAGAUGAGAGAGAAAGCACUCUGAAUGUAGUUUUUGAUCCUCCUUGUUGGUCUCCAACCUUGAAUGUCCAUUAACCUUCAACCUCCUACAAUACAUCUGUCUUUAUAGCCUUGGACCACGGAGCAUAAGUGACAAUAAUAUUCAUAGAUUUACUGUACUUCUCAGAUAAUACCUUGAUGAUAGUCAUAGCUAUCUGUGUCAUGUACUGCAUAGAGCUGUUGUUAGUGUGUGUGUGUGUGUGUGUGUGUGUGUGUGUGUGUGUGUGUGUGUGUGUGUGUGUGUGUGUGUGUGUGUGUGUGUGUGUGUGUGUGUGUGUGUGUGUGUGUGUGUGUGUGUGUGUGUGUGUGUGUGUGUGUGUGUGUGUGUGUGAGACUGUCUCAAUGAAACAAAGUGGCCAUGAAGCAAGACCCCACACCCAUGUAGAGAAUCAUAUCAGUAAGUUGCCUUUGCUACUGCAGUAUUGUUCCUCUAAUGACAGAAGUAUUGUUCCUUUAAUGAUUGAAUGAUUAAUAUUGGUCUGUAUCCACCCACUGUAGUUUAGUAUGUACUGAUCUUUCAAUUAGAUUGUUCCACUGAAAAGAAAGUCCACCGUUUUCUGGCUGUGGAUGCCUCAGGCUAGCUUGUAUCUCCCUGGACAUAAUUCACUCCCAAGAGACUCAAGCUUGUUGUCAUAAUGUAUGUGUCCAACCUACUGUGCGAUUGGGAUUGUAGCAUGUGUGCCAUAAUACUUGAACCCAGGUCAAACAGUAGGCCCUACUGCAAGUCAAAAGUCAAAAUAAAGAAGCUGUACAGAAACAUUCCUCAGUAUAAUCCAGAUUGUCACCAACCCAUGCAUUGCAGGUUUUGUUCUCUCUUUCCUCCUCGAUCAACAAAGUAUGGAGCUGUGCCUGAUCCUUCAAAAGUCUGAAACCAGUAAGCUGGUAUCAUUUGAAUGUUAAAUGGCUUGUAAGAUGGAAUCCAGUUGGCUGUGUUGUCAAAAUGAAGUACUUUUGGUGUGUAUAUGCACAGAUGUGAGUGGACAGUCACUGGUUCCACUAUGACUGUAUUGUGUUUUGAGAAAUAAUGCACCAGAAGAAGGCAAGAUGUUUUACUUGAAGUCUAAGCAACCAGGGAUGUAGAAAAUCAGUUUUAAAGAGAAAAAAUGUUAUUAACAGUUCAAACCUACUGUGUCUGUCGUAUCUCUAACUAAAGCAGCAUUGCAAUGAAUAAAAAAAUGUGACUAUUGUA